AUGAGACCAUCAACAUCACUCUUCCCGUUAUUAUCAUCACGUUCGAUUCAUCCCCUUCAAUCACCUAUCUCCUCCUCAAUCCGGUACAGGUAUAUAUCAACUUCUUACAUCCAGUUACAAUCUCAACCACAACAGAUAAACACUACUUCGAAUCCACCCUCUACGACCGAACCAAUCCGACCACCUCAUAAACAUAUCGCGAAUCCGAAAUUCGUUACUGAUCGACCAGUCAAACUGACACAUAAACCAGUUUUCCCUGCACCUCAUAACCCUUUCGCACCUCCUCCAGCUCAAAAACAAUAUAAUGAAGUAACCCUGAGGAUCUUGAGAAGAGUUAAUAAGCUUUUAGGUUAUAAUAGGAGGAGAAGAACUACCGCUAGAGAAUCAGGUAGAAUGAUGAAAGGUAUUGUUGAAGCUGUAGAAAGUGAUUCGGCGUUCUGGUAUGGAGAAUGUGAUCUACCUCGGACUUUCCACACUUUCUUCACCAUCCACUACCUCUAUAUCAUCUUGACUUUAGUUCGAUUAAGAUCAUUACCAAAUUACAUCCCUAAUCCGUUAUCGCCUCUACCUCAAUCUGCUUAUCCUGGAUUACCAGGAUCAACCACACCUGUUCAAAGACCUUCGAUCAUCGACACGUUGGAUAACGCAGGAUGCUCAAUCAGCAGAGUCAAGCAACAUGAUUAUAGAUAUCAACAAGUGUUAUUAACGCAUUUCUUCAAUAUCGUUGAAAACGAAAUCAGAUUAAUGUUGGGUGUCGAAAUUACAAGAGAAACUGAAACCAUGAAAAGAUUGAGAGAAUAUCAAGAAAGAGCAAAUUUCGCUAGAAUGGGUUUCGAUUACGUAUUGGCCUUGACCAAUUCUGAAGUUUCCGAAGAAAGAGAAUUGGCUGAUUCUGAAUUAGCAAGUUGGGUUUGGAGAUUGAUUUUCGGUAGAAGAGGUACAGGUGAUCAAUUAAAGGGUGAAUUGGUUUACCCUCAAGGUGAAUCAAUGAAAUCUGGUAAAGAAUUAGAAAUGGCAGAUCAAAUUGAAUCAAUAGUCAAAUUCAUAAGAAGAGAAUUGAAAAGAUUAGAUCAGAUUAAUGAUAGGGAUGUCAUUGCUGGUAAUGUUGGUAUGUUCAGUAAAGUUAGGAGUUAA